AUGUGGCGUUUCUCAUAUCACACAAUACUUGUUGUACCUACCUGUUUAUCGUGGUCACAUGCUCGUGUAGUAUAAGUACCCCUUGCUAUCAUGGGAUAGACUGUACUUAUUACAUGAAUUCGAAGAGCUUACGUCAGAGAAUAAAUCUAGAGUGGGAAAUGGAAAAGUUUAUGACGCUAGGUACUUACCUACCUAGCGACAGUAUGUUUUUAUUCGAUGUAAUAGUAAGAACGUGUGAUAUAUGUUCGACCGUUUUUUUUUUUAUCUUUUAUUAUUCAAUUUGUAAUGUAAAAUGUUUCUAAUUCGAAUGAUUAAUUAAACUAUUUUUCAAUGAUCUAAUAUUUCGUGUCGUGAAAGUUAAUUUGCUCAAAGGAACAUGUUUUUCUGAUCGAUUCGAGUAUUGGAUCUAAUGGAGUAAGUCAUAUUUUCGAGUACACUGGCAUGGCUGGGACUUGAUCCCAUGCCAGUUCCGGUCAGAAUAUAGGUCUUAUUUCAUAGUUAGGUUUAGAGAUAGCCAAGGUAAAUGGCUCCGUUAAAAUCUGAGUACGAAAUAUCCAAGGUAAUGGUUUAGUGGUUAGAUUCAAUUAGAUAGUCUAGUUAAAGACUUAAUAGGACCUAAUUAAUAAAAUAAGAUGAUCUCGGAGUAGAUCUAUUAAGACAGUACCAUCUAUUUUCUCCCUUGAGGUUGAAAUGUACGUAAUUCUUAGCUAAUUACAAUUCGAAUUAUAUAAUUAGGACAAGUCCAAAACAUGAUUGUCGUUUUGAUAGGCUCUGCCUAUUUUGUAAAUAAUGUGUAAAUCUCCUCUCUCUUUUGGUUUCUUGCUUGUUAAUUCGAAUCAUAUUAUCAUUAUUUUCAAUAGAGCUUAAUUUUAUGUUGAUAGGUAGGUUUCCUUUUAUCCUAAAUACCCAUCCCAAUAAUCCAAUAUGUGAAUCCUUUUAUACCUACAACACUCGCUCCUCUCCCUAGUCUAAAAAUAUUCAUCAAUUUCCUAAUACCUAUCCAACAUAAAAUUAAAAUGGCGCCCAACGUGGGGCUAGGGCUUAGUGUGUGUAAGUAGGUUUAAUUACCUAAUUAAAAUUAUUAAUUUUCGAUCUUCUCGUGUCAAAAUUCCAUUUGAACAUGUGGUUCAAAUUUUAACAUGAAAAUAGGAUUCGAAUAACAAAUAGGCCUAGAUUAGUUUUAUCUCGUUAUCGCAAUGUGCCAUUCUCUCGCCUAUAGGAAAGUUCGGUCAGUCUCGGAUAGGUAGGUACUGAAUUGGUAGGUACCUAUCUUCCUAGGGGUAUUUGCGUGUGAGAGAGAAUGUUUUAACUCGUGCAUAAUUGUACUAGCCUUCUAACGCGAUAAAAUUGUAACAGAAAAGUACCAGACCAUCGAAUGCAACGAGUACCAACGAGAAACGAACGAGAUAACGAUUACUCUUCAGCUGCUACAAAGUACCAGAAUUGCUUAGCAUUAGAAAUAAAACAUGUUACAACUAGAUUUACGUUCAAGUACGUUGUAUUGCUAUGGCAAGGCAGGGUUUGAGUAAUAAAGGCCGCUAAAUUAUUUUCCCCUCUCCCGCAUAUGUUCGAAUACCCGAGUGUUUGAAAUAUGCCUUAGUAUUAGUAUGUGUUUUUAUAAGAAAAUCAUCAGAAAAUCAAAUAAAAAAAUUACGUGUAGAAAAAUCGACACUCGCGUCGACUAAAUUCCAAGAAUCGUAGGAUAUUUUUUUCUAGGUAUUGUUAUUGUGAUGUCGAGUCGCCAUUUUGUAAUGCUUAUCUCUAUUGUCUAUUUCCAAACGAUCGCAGUGUUUUGAUACAAGCUCUUUGAGUAUUCUUUCUACUUUCAUUCGAUGAACAUAGUUGAUUUUGCGUCGCGUAAUUUUUCAUCUAUUUAUGCUUUGUUUUUUGCGAUUUUUAAUUCGAAUAAAUGAUGCGAUCGUGUAAUUAAUGAGUAAUUGAUUAACGUAAAGGAUUUUGUGGAGUUAAGUGCGAUUUAUUCGUGUUAUUGUUCGAUUUCGGUAUCUCAUCAGAUCCAGCCGUAUACGUUGUCUUUGUUUACCUUUUGGAAUCGCUUGUUUUCGUAUUGAUAUUUACUAUGACUUCGAUUGAGAAUAACAUGUACGCGAGUUGUCUCGAGGGACACGUACAUCCUCUAAAGAAUCAACAAAUGCAGAACAUCGCUGCUCAUACUUGCACAGCAGAUGACCUUGAUCUACGAGUAAUGUACGUACGUGGAAAACAGCAGCGGACAUUAUUGAUUGUUUUCCAAGAGGUCACCUGUCCGAUUAAAACAACCAUCCGCCGCUAUUUCGAUCGUCUCAAUCUUCAUCCUGAACUGGCAGAGUACUACAGAGAGAGCGAAUUUCAACGAAUCGAGCUGUAUAUCAGAGAGUAUCUCUUAACCAUCUUGGCUGCUGAUCUGAUAAAAGGUUUCAAGCGCUGCGUCAUAUCCGAUCCGGCUCCGAGGCUAUCUGAACAGGUGUCUUCCGUUGCGGUUGAGAUCAUUAAUUUACGAUCGUUCUUAGUUGACUCAAUCACCUCGCUUUGGGUACCUCCGCCUCCUCUCGCUCGUCCGAAUCUUUCGAUAAAUAUACGAAGAGCCUUCUCUGUCGACGAUUUGAAUCUGCCACCGUACGUAAUUCCCGCCGUUCAUGUUGAAAAUGCUGAAGAAGUCAUCGCUCCUAUUCGAAUUCCAGCAAACGAUAACGUCGCAAUUGCUCAGUCUGCCGAAGAGAACUCCGAUAAUGUCUUUGAUACGACUGAUGGUGACGAUGACGAUGUGUUCGAAUCAAACUCCGAGAAACUAAAUAAAACAUUCCACGAUCUCAACGUUACUCUUUCCGAAGACGAUGUUCGAAUGAUCAAUUCAACGAAACGAGAAUUAUUCGUCAGCCUUACUCGAUGUGAUACGAAGAAAUCUGAGCUGAAAAGCCCAGAUGAAAGUUUGCCAGAAGCCAAACGUCAUGAGCCCGAAGUGUUGCCUAAGCCACCGAAAUCAGUAACAUUUCACUUUGCUGAAGGUGAACUACCAUCUCAUCGAUUAGUCACGCCCGACGAACCGCUACCUUUCACUCUUGAAAGCAUGUUGGCCCAAUUGAAGGCAAAUUCGGAUAGCGCACCUUCAAAUUCAUAUUUGGUACCUCCAGUAAUUGCAUCCUCAAGUGAUCACAUCUUCGUUCGACCGCCGACUUCAGAUGCUGAGAAUGAAAAAUGCAACAAUAAAUCCGAGAAUUCAUCUGAUAACAAGAAGCCUGUCGAUUCGAAUGAUGUUGAAAAUGCAGUCACUGAUAGACCUAGUAAUUCGAAUGUUCCAGCGGUGAUUUCUGCAGCAGUUCCAGUCAUCCCUACCAACGAUCGUGCUUAUCUUCGAGUAACGUUUCCACGGUUCAAUUACGCCGAAAUCGAUGGCAAACAAUACUUCGCUCGUGAUCUUAUCGAUUCGAACAAAAUCCCAGAGCAGAGAUUCAAGACAUACGUUCCGCCUUUUUAUCCGAGAAAUUAUAUACUUAUGGCAUUCGAAUGGAACGGUCCAGAUUUUUCUUCACUCUACUUACGUCUCUGGAAUGGCCUCAAUAGAGGAACCACCGUUAAUUACCAUAUUGUGGUACCGAUUUUCCCACGUUAUGUGCGUAGACAGACGUUUGAGUGGCCUCGUACCCGAGUUGAAGCUUUAUGCUGGAGAAACCACUUGAACUUUGUGCGGAAAACGGUUUCUGAAGAAAUUUUUCCUCACGAGUACGUCGAUUUCCCGAGAUGGAGCUACGAAGACAGGAACCUGGAGGUGAAUCAUCUUCUCACCAUACUCGGUAAUGUACGUGGCCAGGAAUUGGAAAUAAAAUUUGAUGCGACGUUGCCAGUUUCGUUAAUUAGCCAAGACGCCGUCGACAAUUUAACACCUUUUGUCGAUUUUCAAUUCACCGAGUUACAACAUCCACGCGCCACAUACGUACCGUGGAAAGAUUUUGUUCGAGUGCUUUCUCACAAACGUACUACCGUUCCGAUUCGAUUAACCCCUAAUAUCAGAUGGCAUGUCGAAGAAGAACAUUUGUUCAAUUGUUAUGUCGCCGAUUUCCCUGUAUCCAGAGGACGUGAUCCAAAGUUAGGAACGAUAAUUCUCGGAAGACAAUUGAUUCCGCACAUUAAUCGAUUUGACCCAGAUAAAUUGGAUAUGUCGAUCAUGGGUCCUGAGGAGAAUCGAAGGUUGCGAUCAAUUCGUUGUAAAGAAAAGGUCCCAGAGAUUCGAAUUAGGGGAUUAAUGCGAACGUUACGGGAAGCGACUCCUGAUGACAUCAGGGCUGAAUUCGAACCUGUUCAGAAUUAUUGCAUCGAGAAGAUCAAAGGUUGCCGUUAUGACGAAGAUUAUGUCGACUUUUAAUUCGAUUUUUGUGUUUCUUCUUCUCGUGUAUUUUGUACGUGUUCCUCGUUGUGAAUUUUGUGUACUGUUUAUCGAUUGCGACUAAAUCUACCCGGAUAUGACUCUGUAAAUAUGUUAUUUUUAUUUUUUCUUUUUUAUUCGAAUUAUUGUUAUUGGUGUUUAGUUCGAUUUGUUUUGUUUUGUUUUUGUUUAAAAAUCUGAUCAUUGAAUAAUUUUUCCUUAUGGAGGUUUUGUAAAAUAGUUUAUUAGAUUUUUCAUUUGUCAUUCGAUUUAUCAUAUCAGUAGAAAAAUUAUUGUAUUUCUGUUUCUUACUUGUGUAGUCUAGCGUUUCCUUUUCCUACUCGGCGAUUUCUUCCUUGUCGGGGGGAGAGUUUAUGUAGUAUAAGUACCCCUUGCUAUCAUGGGAUAGACUGUACUUAUUACAUGAAUUCGAAGAGCUUACGUCAGAGAAUAAAUCUAGAGUGGGAAAUGGAAAAGUUUAUGACGCUAGGUACUUACCUACCUAGCGACAGUAUGUUUUUAUUCGAUGUAAUAGUAAGAACGUGUGAUAUAUGUUCGACCGUUUUUUUUUUUAUCUUUUAUUAUUCAAUUUGUAAUGUAAAAUGUUUCUAAUUCGAAUGAUUAAUUAAACUAUUUUUCAAUGAUCUAA